AUGGGAUUUCUCUGCUCGGGUGUGGAGUUCCAACCAUGGAGAAGUGUUUCAACGGGCCUGGAAGACUGUCCAAUGGGCUUGGAUCACAGUCCAAUGGGCUUGGAUCACGGUCCAACGGGUCUGGAUCACUGUCCAAUGGGCUUGGAUCACUGUCCAACGGGUCUGGAUCACUGUCCAAUGGGCUUGGAUCACAGUCCAACGGGUCUGGAUCACUGUCCAAUGGGCUUGGAUCACAGUCUGAUGGGUCUGGAUCACAGUCCGAUGGGUCUGGAUCACUGUCCAACGGGUCUGGAUCACAGUCCGCUCCAGCAGCUGAAGGCAGGUGGGUAG